AUGUCAUGUGACGUCGGCAGCAAGAUAAACCUGGAACACAUCCUGUACAAGGUCGGCGUGGGGACCAGGUGUGGGGAGGGAAAACGCCACCCGGACGACGGGCCCGACACCUACUGCUCCUUCCCCUGGGCUGAGAUGGUGGUGGAGGAUCUCUGUGGCAACAGGAAGUCCUGUGAGGUCCCGGUCACCGAGCUGGUGUUUGGCGAAUAUCCCUGCAAGGAGCAGACCAGGUACCUGGAGGUGUCCUACACCUGCGCCAAACCACCCCCCCCACCUCCACCACCACCUCCAACCAAGCCCGACUGUACGUACGAACACACGCAUGCCUUUGUACCCGCGAAGACGCACCAGCCGCCGAAGCCUGACGCUUUUAAAGCGCCGUUGUUCCUCGCUGUGGACGGAACAGUGUGA